AUGGAGAACCCGGAAACGGGUGGCACUUUCUUCGCCAAAGAUGUCAAGUCGACGCAUAACUACCAGCCUCUGAGGGAGGGUGAAAUCCGCUUGCUAACGGUUUUCCCCGGAGAGCCAACUGACCCUCUUCGCGAUGUCAUCUGUAUCAACCAGCUGGACGAGAUUACCGAGAAACCCAGCCAAAUUCGUCUUGGUCGCAUUUUCCAGGAAGCCAGUUGCACCUUGGCUUUCCUAGGGGCAGACCAGGAGAGCAGUUGUGCUAUUGAAACUUUGAUGCAAAUCAGUGCAAAAGGAAUUUAUGGCACUUGCGAGAAGCACUGGCCAAAGGGCUUGCCGGCGUGUGCGUCCUUGUGGAGCGAGAUGAAUAUUCCCCAAGCGGAAGACCCUCUUUUGCAGCAAAUUGUGGCCUCCUUUCAACGUCCAUGGUUUCGACGAACCUGGGUGGUGCAGGAAGCAAUUGCAGCGCCGGUAGUAAAAGUGGUGUGUGGCAAAUGGAUCAUCGACUGGGACGAACUUUUCCUCGCCAUUGAGCAUGUCGAGCAAGACAUAAAAUCCAUCCCAAAAGUUGACCGGACCGCUUGGCAACCGUUCCUAACCCUGGCUAGGCAUCGCGAAUGGGAAGCGCGGCACACUCGCUGGUCAUUGAUUCGAAUGCUAGAGACACUCAGGCAUGUCGCAUCAGGACGAAUGCGAGAUCGGUUCUUUGCUUUGCUUGGCCUUGCGGCUGACGGCGACAGAGAUGAGUUCGAGCCAGACUAUCAGAGCGACUUCGAAGUUAUUGUUAGUCGGCUUGCCGAGGCUUUCGUGCGCGAUGGACACGGUAUAGAGCUCCUCACCCGGGCUGGUCUCAACCCCCAGUCUGAUCGAUUCCCCUCCUGGAUACUUGACUGGACCGUGCCACGACAUAUUAGCCUUUCAGACUCCUUCGACCGGGGCGGUGUUUACAAUGCGUCCGGAGACUCCGAGGGAGAGUUUUUUGUCACCAAGGAGCAAGAUUUCCACGAAAUUUGCGUCUAA